UUACCUUAUGCUUUUUACUAUUCAUAUAUAAAUGCACUGUCUUGGAUCAGUCUCUUAAAUUUCAUGAUCUUCUCAUCAUAUGUGGUUUUGAUUUUGGUGGCCAUAGUUAUUUUUCUCACUUAUUGAUAGUUGUGUUUUUACUAUUUCUAUUAACUUUUCAGGUACACAUGACAUUUUUCUUUCUAUAAUUUACAUUUUUGUUUACAUUUCUGAUGGAAUUGAAAUGCAUAGUUAGUGACUUAGUUCCCCUUUUCCAGCCCUUUAUGUUCAGAGUCCUACACUGAAUGAGAUAAUGCCUAGAAAUGUGUUUAUAAAAUUAUAUGUGUUGGGUAGUUCUUACCUUAUAAGCCGAUUUUGUAAAUGUAGGGUUAGACUCAACUCACUCAAGUCACUCAACCCAAAUUUUAAGAUGGUAUAGAAAGGAUUAGCGGUGCAGCUUGUUGUCUGCCUACUUUUCGUUCAUGUGUAAUUAUCUUACCUAUAUUAAAAAUUAAUAAAAGGUAUCAGAGUAUAUCCAAAAUUCAUUAAGCCACCUGCUAUUAGGUCACUCAGGUCACACUCUAGAUGUGCAAUAUUAGGUGUGAGGGUGGUUUGUCCACACCCUUACAAGCCAAUUUUGUAAGAAUAGAUCCGUUUGGCUACAAAGCAUAGAUUUGUAAGCAAUGCAUGUAUCUUGGUCAAGCCAUUUAUCUAUUCCUUUAAUUAAUAAAUAUAGGAUAAUUACACAUGAAUGAAAGGCAAACGGAUAACAAGCUAAACAGAUCUAUUUGUAAGCUGGCUUUGUAAGAAUAGAUCCGUUUAGAUACGAAGCGUAGAUUUUCACGCAAUGAAUGUACCUCGAUGAAGCCAAUGAUCUAUUUGUAAGCUGGCUUUGUAAGAAUUGGUCCGUUUAGAUACAAAGCGUAGAUUUACACGCAAUGUAUAUACCUCGAUGAAGCCAAUGAUCUAUUUGUAAGCUGGCUUUGUAAGAAUAGAUCCGUUUUGAUACAAAGCGUAGAUUUGCACGCAACGUAUGUACCUCGAUGAAGCCAAUGAUCUGUUUGUAAGCUGGUUUUUUUUUAUAAGAAUAGAGCUGUUUAGCUACAAUGUAUAGUUUUGCAAGCAAUGUAUGUACCUUGAUAAAGGCAAUGAUCUAUAUGUAGAAAAAUUAAUCUAGACUAGGUAUUAGAAUAUAGGACAUGCUUCAAAAAUGAAAGUGAUCUUUGCUUUGAUUAAUCUAGUUAAGUUUUGCAGCUUCAGAAAUGCAUGUUUGGAAAUCUGUUUAUAUGCUUUGUUUGUUCCUUGAAUGGAUGAGUCAUGAAUGCUUAUUGAUUCUUUUAUAAUCAAAUUAAUAACUCAGGAUUCUGUAAAACGUCAAUUUCCAAAUUUGUCUUGAUAAGUGUAUCUUGGUGUAAUAAAUCAAAGCAUAAUAUUUGCAGGUUGUGUUGUUGUCGAUUGUCGGUUGAAAGAGUUCCUUUGCAAUCAUGAGUUUUUCUUUUCGAGGGAGUAGGGGAGAUAUUGAAAGCGGAUUUUCAGAAUAUGUUCCUGAAAGAACCUCAACGCGGGUUCAUCCAUCUCGGCCAUCUAAUAGCAACACUCUAGCUUUUCUUAUUACAGUUAUUUUGUUAUUCAUGCUUCAAGAACAGGCCAGGGCUCAUGCUGCAGCAGCCUCUGGUUUGCUUGGCCAUGCUGAAUUGCGUUUUAACAUGCCACCGUCUAUUGCGAUUGCAUCUAGAGGAAGAUUGCAGGGUCUUAGACUUCAGCUUGCACUUCUUGACCAAGAAUUUGAUGAACUAGAUUAUGAAACUUUGAGAGCUCUGGAAUUUGAUACUGCUUCUAGUACUCCUUCAAUGACUGACGAAGAGAUAAAUGCCUUGCCUAUUCACAAAUAUAAAGUUCCAGGCCCAACAAAAGAUGGCUCCACCGGUUUGACAUCCUCUUCUUCAGAAGCAGCUGAGGCUAAACAAGACUCUAAAGGAGCAGAGGGAAGUGCCAAAGAUCCAGAAGAUGAGCUGACAUGUACUAUAUGCUUGGACGAAGUUAUGAGGGGGGAACUUGUCCGAAGCUUGCCAUGCUUGCAUCAGUUUCAUGUCAACUGCAUUGAUCCAUGGCUCCGACAACAAGGAACAUGUCCUGUGUGCAAAUUUAGCAUGGGGUCAAGAAGGCAGAGAAACACCGAGGGCGAGUCAGAUGAUUCAGAUACUGUAUAGUAUUAUUCCGAUAUGGCUGUAAAGUGUGCGAUGUUCUGAGUUACAUAAGUAUGUAUAUUUUUUUGGAAUUGGUUUAUACCCUUAGCUUGACAUGAAUAUUUAAGAAUGUAAUAUAUCCAUUAAAGUAAUGAAGGUACAAAUUCUUGAA